UAUUAUUAAUUUUUAUUUUUUAUCUUGGCCUAUGUACAUACAUACUUUUUUCCUUCACUCAUAAACGUCACCGUCAACAUCAACAAAGACCUACUCACUCGACUCCGCCAUGCCAUUACAGAUCCCCCACCCAAAUACCCCACUUCAUCUCUAUAGACAUAUGCUACGAGAAGCUACAUAUCUUCCUCCUCUCUGUCGUCCAUGGAUAACCUCUCGAAUCCAAGCCCGUUUUCGAGAUUGUCGAGACAAGCCAGACCCCAAAAUAUACAUCAAAGAUGCUCACCACUAUGUACGAUACCUUCGCUCUGCCAACGCCGGCCAUAGCGAUCGCAUGUUACGUCUAUGUUAUCUAGCAACAGGUAGGAUUGGAAAGCGACGCCGUAUCCUAGGAAAAUACGAGUUAGCUAGCUCUCCUCCUACCGAUUCUGAAGAACUGGAAAAGAGGACUGCCGACUUUAUCCGUGAGGUCGACAUGCAGGAACACGACUGGUUAGAGAAUUGGUCCACAGAAAAGAUCAUGGCAAUCGCCGUCUCCCAAUCCGAGCAGCAAGCCAAAGACUGGCCUUACCAAAUGCGCCGGCUUAUCGAUCCCAAAAAAGUCCUCCCCACUGAAAACUGUUUCGGCCGACCGCUUUCCCAGAAGCUAAUACGAAACAAAUUAAAGAAGCAUUGGGCGGGUGUCCUUCGCCAGCUAGCAGUGCCGCUGCCACGUGAAGAAUGGAAUCAUCUUGGCACUUUAGCAAGAGGCGAAGCUGAUGCUCAGCAUUACACGCUGCCUCCAAGGAGGCCAGUUGCGCAAUCAUCCUCAGCCAACUCGGCAGACAACGGAGAUAGCUGGUCCUGGACAGAUUUCGUUACCAAGCCAGUGCGUUCACUAGAGAGGGGAAACUCUCGGAAGAUGAAGAGUCUCACCGGCGAGGAAGAUGAAGACCCACGAGGACACGGACGAGCAAUUGGCGUGCGCGUGCUAGGCGGAAGGAGACUACGUCGCAGUAUAUAUGCUCGCGUCUGGGGAGCAACCCCAACGAUAGAACAAAAUCCUCGAUCUGGGAAAUGGGUCGUGGCGUGGGGCCAGGAAAAGAAAGCGAUUCCUCUUCCCAGAAAGAAAGACAUGCAAUUUUUCCAAGGUCUGGACGCAAAAGGCCGGCCCUUACAGAGCACUAUCCGUGCGGCUACAGUUUGAUUCUAUGAGGAUUCUCAUUCUCGCCCUAGUAGAUUUUAUCUCGGGGCAUGUAUCAC